AUGGUUAGCGCCGCCAUGAAGGAUGCCUCACAGGUUUCACCACUGGGUCUCUUCAACGUUUGGUGCGACUCCACCGCCUGCGGAUGCGCAGCGUCUCCGCCGGUUCCAGCGGAAACGAUCUCAGCUCCAGAGACGAUCUCAGUUCCGGAGACCGCAGAGGGCCACAAAGCUUUGGGCGAAGCGUUGGGUGGAGUCAGCGAGGGGGACUCUGCCGUCUUCAGCUCAAGCCCAGCCAAUGAGGAUCGGACCCCAGUGGCAGUCUUUUCUCUCAAGUACGGUGAUCAUCUUCCAGAAGCACGUCGCGAGUCAUUGAGCUCAUCGAUGACAGCCACAGACUCCAUUCAACUGGUUCUGAGCCUUGUGGGAAAGGAGACGGUUCGACUGCAGCCUUUGAUUCUGGUAAUUCUAUCAGGGCUUGCUUCCGCCCUGAUCGCGGGACUGUUUUCUGCCUUGUCUUUGGCAAUCAGCGGGAUUUGGGCAGUGCCAGGCCAUUCGCAGGCGAACAGUCUGGAUGGGUUUCUUAAUCGAUUGGGCUGGUCUUUGAGUCCUUUCUUCCUGGGCAGCUACUUUCCAUGCCUUUUCGUUCCUGAAAUGAUGACAGACUGGCGGAUGCACAUCUUCUUCUUGGCGGUGAGCCUGACACCCUUUGUCAUCGCUGACGUGGCGUUCCCUUACGUCGUUGGAACUGACACGGACUUCAAAAUCUGGUUUUCGACCUCGUUCUGGCCGACCACCACGUGUGUGUUCUUUCUACCGUGCAUGAUCGCUGGGAUUCGGCACAACAAAGGGGAUCCUUUCUGGUAUGAUCUUCGCUCACACGUGAAGUACAUCAGGACUCAGGGGAAAGGCUUCUGGGCCGAUUUGUUGCGGCUCAAUGCUUGUUUCUGGGCCACUGUGGUGCCGGUGAAUUAUUUGGCCCUGGACUUCGCCAUGGUUCUGCCCCAUUUGGACCAACGGACCGCAGCGCUGGUGAGGCCCUUGAUCUCGCUGGUCAUCAAGGUCGGUUGCUUUGAGAUUUUCAAGGUGGCAGCCAAGGGUCUAGGAGAUGCAAUGCAGCUCUUUGGUUUUUUCCCUUUGGCAUUGAACAUUGGCUUGCACACAGCCAUGUCUGCUGUUCUGUGCAAAGACUGGCUGAGCGUCUUGGUGUGGAUUCUCUGCGACUUUGCCACCUGCAUUUGGAGGACGCAGAGGGUCCGGGUGCGGCAAGUCGAAUGCCUUUUGCCCAUCUUCCCCUGCCUCAAUGAGAGCGAUGAGAAGAUUCGCCGGCGAGGAUUGGAGUCGAUCAUUUUGGGUUGGGGCCUCACAGCGGCGUUGUCCAGUAUUUUGGUGGUUUAUCCCUUCACCUUCUUGCUGCCCGACAUGCUGCAGGGCUUGAUGUUUCCUAAAGGCACCACCAGCUUGAUCUACUUGGCAGUGGUGUCCGCGUGCGACAUCCUCUUCGAUAUUGGCGCCAUCGUGCUCCUGACCCAUUCGUGCAGAUAUGAUUUUGGCCGAGUUCUCGGAUAUCAACCAUUCUCCAAAACCCUGAGAUAUGCCUACUUGAGCGUCUUGACGGUGGUGUGGGCGCCGUUUGCAGUUGGAAUGUUUGGCUGGGUGUUCCAUCACAUGUGUGUGGCGGCUUUUGACUUUGAAGCGGCACACUGCCUAGUGGCCUAG